CACAAAACAACGAUUCAUCCUCGUGCAGGGGACUGCAUAUUUUACGUGAAAAAGUCUUGCUGAGUUGUAACCAUAAGAGCUACGCUUUGGCAGCAUUAGCUGUUCAUGUGUAGUGUAUAAACGUAUGUCCUUAGCCUGCUAGAAGACGGACACAUGGCUCUGGGAGCUGGGCAGAAGAAUGAUGAAAGCAAAACUACUCUGUCGGAGGCGUUCAUCCAAUUCCAAAUCCAGGUUAAAAAAAAAGAGAUUCAAGAAUUCAGGAAUGAAACAAGUCUUCUAGAAGCCAAGAACAAAAAACUCAUUGAACUGAGGGAUCAGCUGAGAGAGAAGCAGCACAGUCACAUCCGCACGCUGCGUAAGCAGGCAAAAGAGCAGGAGAGGAAGCUGGAUCAGAGCGAGAGGGCGAACAAGGAGCAGGUGGAGCAAGCUCUGCGGCGCAACGUAGCGCUCAGGCACCACCGAGAGGAAGAUCUGGCAGAACUGAACGGUCAGCUGACAAGCCUGGAGACACAGGUGAGGAGGCUGCAGAUACAGAGGCAGGCCUUGCUGGAGUACAAGACCAUCGGGAGUGUGGAACAUCAGCGACAUAUCCAGGGCCUGCAGUCAGUGCUCACCACCAUGCAGAAAGACUUUCAGGAGAGGUCAGAAAGUAUUCAGUAUUCCCGUGAUGCAACCUUCAAUGAAAUCGACAAGAAGAAAUCUCAGAUGAUUGAUGAACAGAAGCAGCUGGCUACAGAGAGGGUGAUAAAACAACUCGACAAAGCUAGUCGCCAUGAGAUGAUGGAGAACGACUGGCUUAAGAGAGAGACUGCCAUCUACCGUAAAGAAGUCUCUAUACUGGAGGCAGCUGUGAGGAACUUGGAGAAGAAGAACUUGAAGCACAUGAACCAACUGGUUGAGCAGCGUCUAAGUCGUUUGUGGAUCUCAAGAAAUGUAUUCAUCACACAGGCUGCAGACUUGGGCAAGGUUGAACAGCCAAUGCAGAAACGCACACGCUCAGAGUCAACAGCAGAGCCAGAGAGCAGACCCUGGCUGGCGCACGACUCCCCAACGGACGCUGUGGAAGCAGGCUGGGCUGGGGUGUUGGAACAAGAGGAACUGACGCCCAGCUGCGAGCCCUCCGCCCCUCCCUGCGACCUCGCCAUGUUCCCCCUUGGCAGCCGGAGUGACCACAGGGAACUACUACACCUGGGCCCUUUGGAGCAGAAGCUGUUGACUGUGAAGGGCCAGGCUAUGACUCUGUACCCUAUGCCCUCUGACCCUGAGGGUUUGGGCACAUCGGUGCCCCUCGACUUUUUGGAGAUGCAGGAUUGGGCCCUCACCACGCGUAGCAUCCGCAACAAGUUCCACUGAGGACACGAGGCAUAAACACAUCAACUUGUAGUUGAAAGUGCAGGCUAAUCAGCUCGUAUAAGGGUG